UUCUUUCCCAUCGCAAGCGCGUGUGAUUCCAUCGCGAAGGCCGGUGCGUUGAUUCCUGCGCCCCGAGAGGACAGCGAGCCAGCGAGGCCGCGAGGGGGAGGAAAAGUCCAGUCCGGUUCCUUUUUCUCUUCCCCGCGUCGCCGGCUCUGGUCAGUCUUGCCGCCAUUGCGCGACUCGCAGCAUCCUGGUCUCAGUUGCUGGGCGCCUCGCGUACCCUGGUAUGGAGCCUUUCUUGAUCUGCUUUUCCUUUCGUGUUCUUGCCCGCCACUCGCGUACCAGUCCGGUUCCUUUUUCUCUUCCCCGCGUCGCCGACUCUGGUCAGUCUUGCCGCCAUUGCGCGACUCGCAGCAUCCUGGUCUCAGCUGCUGGGCUCCUCGCGUACCCUGGGCUGAGCAUCACAGGGAGUGGAAGAAACCAUGUUUAGGAGAAAACAUACCUCUCAUUUCAAUUCUAAUGAUGCUGAUCAGCGAGAAGCAAAGAUCAAUGAACUGAAAGAUGCACUUGGGCCUUUGUCUGCCCACGUUGAGAAGUACUGCAGUGAAGCAUGCUUGAAAAGAUAUCUAGAAGCCCGUAACUGGAAUGUUGCUAAGUCGAGAAAAAUGUUGGAAGAAAGUCUCAAGUGGAGGGCAGCUUACAGGCCAGAGGAUAUUCGCUGGCCCGAUGUUUCUGUUGAAGCGGAAACAGGUAAAAUGUACAGGGCUAGUUUUCGAGAUAGAGAAGGGAGAACUGUUGUCAUUAUGAAACCUGCAAAGGAGAAUACAUCAUCCCAUGAAGGGCAGAUACGGUUUCUUGUAUAUAUUUUGGAGAAUGCGAUCCUCAGCCUGCCUGAAGGUCAAGAGAAAAUGGUAUGGCUGAUAGACUUCACAGGAUGGACAAUGGCAAAUGCCACGCCCAUAAAGACUGCCAGAGAAACUACAAAUAUUCUGCAAAAUCAUUACCCUGAGCGGCUGGCUAUUGCAUUUGUAUUUAAUCCCCCAAAAGUAUUUGAGGCUUUUUAUAAGGUUGUCAAAAUUUUCCUUGACCCGAAAUCAAUCGAGAAGGUGAACUUCGUGUACCUGAAGGAUGAGGAAAGCAUGAAGAUGAUGCACAAGUACAUUGAUCCGGAAGUCCUUGAUAUAGAGUUUGGGGGGAAGAACAAUGUGGUGUACAACCAUGAGGAGUACUCUGAGUUGAUGGUGAAAGAUGACGUCAAAACAGCGAGCUUUUGGGCAGCGGAUGCAAAAACUGACCAUGUUAACCAUGUCAUCAAUGGGACCUUGGUUCCUGAGGUUACACCGCAGUCGUCGCUGAUUGCUGCUAAGGCCAGUUGAGGAGUUUCAACCUACUAUGAUGGGAAUUAUUCGUAUAGUUUUACCGGAGGAAAUAGAUAAGUUGAGGACUAAUGAGAUGUCCACACUAAACAGUAAUAAAUGAAAUAACAAAUAAGAUGUUACUCGUUCAUGCUCAAAAUUGUUCCAGGAAUCAGUCAGUCUAUCCAGUAUACACUGAGCUACCAGAGUAUAUUAUAUCAUCAUGGAUGAUUGGAUGGCAAAGGCCCAAAAGAAAUGGUGUACAAUGUAUGUGUUAAUGAAUAAUGAGUGUCACAUGGAUAAGGAAAUAACACAAGCUUAAUAGUUUACCUUGUAUUGA